AUGCACUGCUUAACACGAAUUUUUUCUUUUGCCUUUAUUUUUAUAACAACAACUUCUGCACAAAUAUUAUACAAAUGUAAUUUUGAUAAUGCUACUAUAAGCAAUACCUGCUUUUCUACACAAGGAAUCGAAGCAAUGCUCCUUAGUGAUGCAGCGGAAUCUGCUGGUAAUGAGCCACCUACUUCGCCUUUAUCUGACGUAACAUCGAGUCUUACACCAACAAGCAAUGGAGAAUUAUGCAUAUUACCAUACAAGGUUGAUAGUUAUAGUUGA